AUGGCUACCCAAAAAUCGUCAACGUCCCCUUGGAUUCUCCUCGCCCUGGCAAGCGGCGCGUUCGCCGCGCUAAACGGACUCUUCGCGAAAUUAACAACCGAUACUAACACCACAUCCUUCGCGCAAUCUCUCGCGCAUCUUUUUGGUCUGGACUCCUCGCCUUUCUUGGAGUUGCUUGUUCGGGGUGCCUGCCUCGGACUUAACGUCCUCUGCAACAUCAUCAUGUGGGCCCUCUUCACCCGUGCCUUGACAGCUGGCCCAUCGACAGUGAAGGUAUCCAUUACCAACACGUCGGCAAACUUCCUUGCAACAGCACUGUUUGGGAUGGUCAUUUUCCGGGAGGCAGUUGGUGGCCUUUGGUGGGUUGGUGCAGCUAUGAUGGGGGCUGGGUGUAUUUUGGUAGGUAUGCGUGAGGGGGCUUGA